AUGACUAUUGAAAAAGAAGUAGAAAGGCGGCUGGCGGACGGGCUUGAAGGCGUAGUUAUAUCUGGGAGCCCGCGGCAGGGCGGCGGUGAAGAGCAGAGUGAGCCGUCGAGCGCGCCAACUGCAGAGGAUUCGGAUCCCGAACAGACUGCGGUGGAGGACCAGCGUGCGGAACGGAGCCAGGCGCGGCAUGAAGAGGUUCCCAAGGGGAACACGGCUAUUUCGCAACUGGAGCAGCUGGAAAACACGAACCUGCUGACGGUACGGAUCAAGUGGGUAAACCCCGAGAACCUGAUGGACGACCACAAGUCGCAGUUGCUGAACCGUAACAACGAUGCUAUCCUGUGCAGCCGAGGCAUCCCGAUCAACCCGUCGAUUAUCGAAAACUACGAGUACUUUUUUGACCGGAAGCGGUUAGAGAUACUAAAGGAACAUGCAGACGUCUACACGUUUGAGUCGGGGACUGAAGAGUUCAUGCGCUCAUACGAAGACGGUUCGAGCACAUGGCUGUACGACCUAGUCGUGCAGGCGCAAUUCAAGGCGUUCCAAGACCUCUGCGCAGCUCGCAACCAGAUCAAAGAGAAUUUAGAGAAAAGCGACCAUGUAGAGGCGUGGUCGAUCAGCCAGAACCCGCAUGCUCUAACUCACCCAGGGAAUCUAUAUAUUCGGGGUAUCCCAAAGGACCUUUCUGUGGAUGACCUCAUCCCAAUUUUUUCUAAAUUUGGAACGGUUUUAUCUUUGAAAAUCAUCAUCGAUGGGAAUACACGUGAGUCAUUAGGCUAUGGCUUUAUUUCGUAUCCAUUGGGGUCACAGGCGGCACGCUGUAUCAAAGAAUUGAACGGGAAUCUUAUGAACGGCUCGCCGCUGUUCAUCAAUUACCAUGUCGAAAGAAAGGAACGUGAACGUAUUCAUUUGGAUCAUCUCAAGGAGGACAAUGACGACGAGAGAUUCAGGGGGGUCUUCGUUGGAAAUUUACCCACCGAAUACGAGGACGGCACAUUGAUCACCCCAGAGCAGGUAUUCAAUAAGUUUAAUCACAUUCUAGACCCGGUGGAUAUUCUAUCGUAUUACUUCCCGAAGCGCAACUCGAAUACCAAUAUCGAAUAUAAAGAUGACGACAGCACAUCGCCAACAUCUUCAAGCAAAGAAAACGCCGAGACCUGUGAUUCACAAAACGAGGAUUCUCCACUGAAGGGGUAUGGGUUCAUUAAGUUUUCAACACACGACAUGGCUUUGAAAGCGAUUGAUAAGCUGAACAGCUUUACGUGGCUAGGCCACUCCCUCGUGGUGAACAAAGCUGUCCAGAACAAGACACUGUACAACAAUCACAGCCAUUACAGAACGUCCAGUACUCGUGCUUCUAUUUCCUCUCGCCAAUCAAGUCUGUCGGGUAUCCCCUUCUUUGGGCCUGCCACUCCCGCCACAUCCACGCUUCACCACCCUCCACCACCAGCUUUCACCAUGUUCGCAAAGCCCUAUUCAGUGUCGCCCACUAAUUCGGAGGUUCUAUUAGCCGACAGGUCUCCGGCUCGCUCGGGCUCUAGUAAUGAUGGUUCACCCAGAGUGAACACUAUUCCACAAGUACCGCUUUAUGGAGCGCAGACUCAAUCGCACUCACCAGAAUCACUAACAGCGCCUGGAUCUCGUCAAGGGUCAUUAUAUCUACCUUCUUGCCCACCGAUGUACACUUCUGCUGGGACGCUCAUGAGUAGUCACCCUCAGUUUGGCCAUUCGGCGGCUCAUGCGGCAGCUGCUGCCUUUGGCGGCUUGCCAAUUCCAACAAGAGAUCAGCAAGAGUCGAAUUUGUAUGUAAAACAUAUCCCAUUGUCGUGGAGAGAUGAAGAUUUAAAUGACUUUUACUCCCAAUAUGGUGAAAUUAUUAGCGCGAAGAUAAUCACCGUGGGUGGAUCGAAGAACGAGAUUGGAGAAUCCAAAGCUUUGGAGGAUGUUCCGGUAGGAACUUCUAGGGGGUAUGGAUUUGUCUGCUUUAAAAACCCCCUAGACGCGUCCAGAGCUAUGAUGGCCACGGAUAGAUUUCAAGUUGGUACAAACCAUGUCUUGUAUGUGUCGUUUGCGCAAAAGCGAGGAAAGUCUGUGAGUGCAGGUUCUGGCUCUUCGGCCGGGUCCCACCAGCCGAUGUCUAGCUCAGGGCGUAGCUCUUCACAUGGUUCGUACCACCACGGGCAUGGGGGUUCGAGACAAAGCCCUUACGACUCGAUUAUGGGGAACUACAAUCCGAAGUUCCUCAAUGCAAUGAUCCAACAGCAGAACCAGCACCUGAACGGUUCACCUGGGACCCACUCGCCGACCAUGAUGAGUCAAAGAAAUUCGUGGGCUCCCAACCAGCAAGCUCCUUACUUAGUCCCGGUAGUCAUGGCACCUCCGCCGCUCACUGUGCCUAGGUCCAGUCCAGCCAUGUCCAGUCCCAAGAGGUCACCGGACUACAAUGGUACCGCAGACAGUACUGUGAUUGAUGCGACACCCGAAUGCGGUACUUUGGACGCGUGA